CAGUACAGUUAGCUUCCAGACAGUAUUUAGCUUGCAAUGAAAUACCUAAAUGCGAACCAUACUUAAAACUGAAAUCUGUGCUAGAAUACUUUGAGAACGUCGAUUUUUACUAAGUUGCUAUUAUAAACCUAAGAAGCUUACCAAAAUGAAGGAUGUGUUGAGCUGAAUAGUUUGCAAAUGAGAGCUUCAGAUAUUUUAGACUACAAUUCAGGAAACUUUGCUUACGUAGCUGGCUCCAUUCAUUCUCUCAAGCCAAUCACUUCCCCUAUGGUGGCUGAUAAGAAUUUAACAGCUUGAGAAGGUGGAGUGUCAGCAUCCUUAGUACUAAACACGUUCCCAGGCAUAUCAGUAGCCUCUGUCCAUCACCCAUGCUGGAAGCUAUUUGGAAAAGGAGAAAUAGAAAUCGUGGAAGGGAAACCAUGCAUCAUCACCCUGGCUGGAGUGUACAGAAGACUUUAUGCUGUUUUCAUCAUGUGGAUUCACUAGAGAAAUGACCACCUUUGAUCAGCCAAGUAAAAUCAAAAACUUGUUUGUUUGCUGCCUGUGCCCUCCACGAGUGCUGAGGCUCUGGACUUGCAGGCGCCCAAGGACAAGAAGGAAUCUGCUAGUGGGCACGGCGUGUGUGAUCUACCUUGGAUUCCUUGUCAGUCAAGUGGGUCAUGUUUUACCCCAGCACAAAGGAGGACACCAAAAGAUCAGUUCCAGAAGUCUCCAAGAUGCAGCCCAGACUCCUUUUCUGGGCAUCCCACUGGAUGGCACCCUGUCACCACCCAAUUUCCAGGAACCCCAGCUUGGUGGCAAUGGGACCUCGCUGCCACCCAAUGUAGUUUAUAUCACCCUGCGGUCCAAGCGCAGUAAGCCAGCCAACAUCAGAGGCACGGUGAAGCCAAAGCGCAGGAAGAAACAUGCAACUCCUUUGUCCUACGGGCAGCACUUUCCAAAAGCUGCUUUUAUGGGCCAAGAAGAGUUCUUUGACCAACAGCCAAGGAAGGCCAUGUAUGCUGUGGGUACGAGGGGACCAGCAAUAGCUCCAGAGGCAAGAAAGCACCAACUGGAUGAACACAGGCAUAAAGAAAUGGCAAUCAGGGAGAGGGGUCACUGGAGACCUGGGGGAAUUUCUGGAGGUAUAAAGGCACAGCCCCAGACUGAGGAGAGCAAUAUCAGGAUUUACAGUGAGAGCUCUCCCUCUUGGCUGAGCAAAGACGACAUCCUAAACAUGCGCAUACUGGCAGAUUCUCGGAUAGAGAGCAUCCAAGAAGUACCUGCUCACAAAGCAGUCUUGGCAGUAUUCACGAGAGGUCCCAGCACCACAGGAGCUGCUUGUGACCAGGGGCAGUGUGGCAUCAUCAAAAGACCCCUUGACAUGAGUGAGGUGUUUGCUUUUCAUUUGGAUAGGAUCUUGGGGCUGAACAGGAGCUUACCUUCUGUGAGCAGGAGGUUGGAGUUCUUCCAAGAUGGUCAAGCCCGUCCUGUUAUUCUCUGGGAUUCCUCACUGAGUCCAACAGAUAAUAAUACCCAUUCUUCAGUGAGAUUAACCUGGGGGCAAUAUCAGCAGAUAUUGAAGCAGAAAUGCUGGCAGAAUGGUAAAGUUCCCAAAGCUGAGUGGGGCUGCACCGAAAUCCAUCACCAUGAGUGGUCCAAGAUGGCACUCUUUGAUUUUCUUCUGCAGAUCUAUAAUCGACUAGACAGAAACUGCUGUGGAUUCAAACCUCUCAAGGAGGAUUCCUGCGUGCACCAAGGACUGAAGCUGAAAUGUAGUGAUCAAGAUUCUGUUGACCUGACACACAUAGUACAGAGAAGGCAUGACCGAAGGCACUUGACCUUUAUAGAUAAUAAGGGUUUCUUUGACAGAAACGAGGACAAUCUUGACUUCAAAAUACUACAAGGAAUCAAUGAAUUCCCAGAAUCUGCAGUUUCAGUACUGAGGAGCCAGCGUUUACGUGAGAAGUUACUUCAGUCUCUGUUCCUUGACAAAAUAUAUUGGGAGAGCCAAGGAGGCAGAAAAGGAAUUGAGAAGCUUAUAGAUGUAAUAGAAAGGAGGUCCAAAAUUCUUCUUACUUAUAUAAAUGCACAUGGAGCCAAAGUAUUGCCCAUGAAUGAAUGAAACAGUCUUGUUUCUAUAUGAUAGUCUAAAAAAAUUUAUAUGAGGCAAAAAUUGACAGCAAAAUUGAUUUAAUUUAAAUACUUAUUUAUUUUUUUCCAAACUUUCAAAGUUAUUUUCAAAUGGGAAAUCUUACGUGGUUUAGAAGCAACAUUUAAAUGUCAGCUGUAGCUCAACACUAUGCAGUCUCUUCUAUGUCACCACUGAAAUGAAAAAUAACCAAAUGGUACAAUAAAUAAUGUAGUAAUACAUCGGUACCGUGAACACUCCUCCUGUUAAACUGCUUGAAAAUUAGCAACAGGAUUUUCAGUACCUUAGGUUGGAUUAUUCUUACUUCCCUCAUUCAAGUUGGUAAAAGUUUUACUGCAAAUUUAAAUGGGAACAGAGAUUUGUAACUACUUAAUACAUUGAUGAAAACUGUCAUCGCAUCUACCUGCUAAAACAUAUCUAGUUCAGGAAUUUGUCUUUUGAUUAUGAAUACUAAAAUGUCAACAUUUCCAAAGGCUUACUUUGUUUUAUUUUAUUUUUAUCUUUUAAAAUGUGAGGACUAAAUUCAGCUCUUUUGAAUGCGGAGGUGUUUGCACUGGACACAAGGGAAAUUUAAAAACAGUGAGGAGAACAUGGCUUUAACAAUAAUAAUUAAUUUGACAAAUACAGUUUUUACCUGUCCAGUAUGGAGUACAGUUUAUCAUGAGUCACUCAUUACAAUGUACUGUUUUAAGUACAUUGAUGUGUGGGUGGAUGAUCUGAUGUUUUCUGUCUAUUGAUUAACUGGGUGUUACUCAUAGACUCAUCCUCUAUUACCACUAUGUUUAAAAAAAAAAAAAAAAA